AUGAGAGAUUAUGAUCUAGCCUAUGAUGCAACUGUUUCAUCAGAGGGAAAUUUUGUUCACUAUGCCUUGAUAGCAGAAUCUGAACCAAUGGAGUUUGAACAAGCUGUGAAAGACAAAAGGUGGUACAAGGCUAUGCUAGAAGAACUAGGUUCAAUUGAGAAGAACCAGACCUGGGAAUUAACUGAGUUGCCUCCCAACAAGAAACCAAUUGCACUUAAGUGGAUUUAUAAGUCCAAAAUAAAUCCACAAGGUGUGGUGACGAGGUACAAGGCCAGAUUGGUGGCAAAAGGGUUCUUGCAGCAGGCAGGAAUAGACUAUGAAGAAGUAUUUGCACCUGUGGCCAGAAUGGAGACAAUUAGACUGGUGGCCUCUGUGGCAACACAACUCAACUAG